AUGAAACACCGAAAGUCCAAUCAAAAAACUUCCUGUCCUAGCGAUGCUGGACUCACGGGUCGUAAAAUAAUUGUAGACACAUAUGGAGGAUGGGGUGCUCAUGGCGGUGGAGCCUUUUCCGGAAAAGAUUUUACCAAAGUAGACAGAUCUGCAGCCUACGCAGCGAGAUGGGUCGCCAAAUCGCUAGUGAAGGCCAAUCUUUGCAGGCGUUGUCUCGUCCAGGUUUCGUAUGCAAUCGGAGUGGCUGAACCUCUCUCGAUCACCGUUUUCGACUACGGCACAUCGAAACAUUCGCAGAAGGAUCUGCUGGGAAUUGUUCGGAAAAAUUUUGAUCUGCGCCCGGGCAAAAUUGUGAAAGAGUUGAAUCUGCGAAAUCCAAUUUAUCAGCAGACAAGCACCUACGGUCACUUUGGCCGCGACGGUUUCUCCUGGGAGCAGCCAAAGCCCCUAAUUUUUGAUUGAUGAGAGCGAGAUAAUAAUCUUAUUAUCUGCCCUAAACCGCUUGAAUG